AUGAACCCCAACGACACAAAGGUGGAUCCAUCCACUACAGAGAAAGAUGCUACACAUAUUGCACUCGGCCAAACUCAUGAUAUCGGAGCGAAUCUAUAUCUCGAGGCGGAACAGUUGACGGCUGAGGAACUGGAGACUGAGGGCGCCAAGGUGUUGAGGAUUAUCGACUGGAGGAUUAUGCCGAUGCUCUACCUGACCUAUGUUAUCCAAUUCCUCGACAAACUAUCACUUAAUUAUGCAUCGGCAUACUCCUUGAUCCCAGACCUCGGUCUCGAAGGCCAGCGAUAUUCAUGGGUUGCGGCUAUUUUCAAUUUCGGUUAUCUCUUCUGGGCCCUCCCAGCCAACCUCCUGAUCCAGCGAUUGCCAAUCGCAAAAUAUAUGGGUGGUAUGCUUUUUAUUUGGAGUGUACUAGUUAUUGCACAUGUUGGAGCAAAGAACUACGCAGGAAUCCUGGUAUUGAGAUUCCUCUUAGGCAUGGCAGAAGCUGGAAUCAGUCCGUGCAUGAUGAACCUUACCUCAAUGUUCUAUAAGCGCUCCGAACAACCACUGCGCAUGGCUAUCUGGCUUAGUGCGAAUGGCAUGGCCACGAUGGUAGGAGCACUACUAGGAUUCGGCCUCGGCCAUUCACAUAACACCGCACUCCGCAGCUGGCAGUUAAUUUUCUUAACCAUCGGACUACUCAACUUCCUCUGCGCCUGUCUCUUCCUCUGGCUCAUGCCCGACUCGCCAGGCUCUGCCCGCUUCCUGACCCACCGACAGCGCGUGAUCGCCGUGCAGCGUGUCGCCGAAAACAUGAUUGGAGUGAAGACCAAAGACAUAAAACCACGCCAGGCGCUGGAGAUUAUCUAUGAUGUCAGAGUCCUCUGCUGCGCUGGCGUCGGCAUCGCCUGCGGUGUGAUCAACGGCGGUUCAUCAAAUUUCGCAUCGGCCUUGAUCAAAGGCUUUGGCUUCAGCGAGAUCUAUACUACACUCCUUCAACUACCCACAGGUGCAAUCGAAGCGGGUGUUGUACCCAUUUGCGGUCUUAUCGCUACAUACGUUAAAGAUUCACGCUGCAUCGUUCUCGCAGUCGUCUGCCUGAUCCCCUUCGCCGGUCUUCUGGGUAUCCGAUUUACCAGCCUCGAUUAUCCCUGGACUUUAGUCGGAUGCACUUGGCUGCAGUAUCUUGUUGGCGCUCCCGUCAUUAUCUCGUGGAAUUUACUUGCCACCAAUGUUGCCGGCCACACCAAGCGUGCAGUCGCUAAUGGUCUCUGGUUCUCGCUCUAUGCGGCCGGUAAUGUCGCCGGAGCGAAUAUAUUCUUCGCUCACCAGGCCCCGCGCUAUUACUCGGGUCUAUUGGGUCUGCUCAUCUGCUAUGCGGGCAUCAUUGUUCUAGCAUGUGUGGCGUAUAUGUCGAUGAAAUGGGAGAAUAGAAGGAGGGAUGCUGCAAUCAUCGCGGCUGAUACUGAUGAGAACCCCGAGGAUAUUACUUCUCAAGCUAUCUUGGAUGGCUUUAAGGAUAUGACGGAUAUGGAGUCCAAGCAUUUUAGGUAUGCACUUUGA